AUGUCGUCAAGAUAUUCUCUACGCCAAACGCCUAGGAAGAAGGAACUCUUCGAGGGCAUGGUAGAGACCCCUUCACGUCGUUCACGUUCAAAUCUGCGCCAAACUUCUCAACCCCUUUCAGACCCCGAGACCGACUCAGCCGCUGAAGUCCUCCCGCAACCCACCCGUCGACGCACCGCCAGAUUCACAGAGGAGCUCGACGAGGAGACAGACUCGGACAAUAUGGGGGCUGUCAACAGAGCCGCUAAUGGCAAGACCAACGGCUUUGCCAAUGGAGACUCCAAUGGCCAUGCAACAAACGGCCACGCCACCAACGAGCAUGUCACAACCAACGGCUUCUCUGGUGCUACGCCUGUCAAGACGGUCAUGGAGAAGACAGAGGGCGUUCCCCAAGACCCCAACGUUGUUGAUGGUUGGAGACCCGGCCAAGACCCCAAGGUCGACUACUCAGGAGAGUUCGAGUUUGGUGGUUCCUUUGGCACCGGUGCUAUGAUGCUCCUUUUCCCCGUUCUCAUGUGGUACAUGUGGAUUGGUGCCACUUACUACAAUGGCAAGUUCCCUUACCGCACAGAGGGUCAGUCUUGGGGUGAGUUUGGAGCUCAUCUCGUCGACCUUGUCUACACUGGCGCAUACCCCCGCCUCCAGGUCUGGGCCUGGUACUGGUCUUAUCUCAUUGUUGAGGGUGCUUUCUACUGUCUGCUCCCUGGUGUUUGGGGAUACGGCAAGCCUCUUCCUCAUGAAGGCGGUAAGCAGUUGCCCUACUACUGCAACGCUUACUGGAGUCUCUACACUACUCUUGCUUGCUUUGCCGGUCUGCACUACUCGGGUCUCUGGCCUAUGUACACAGCCGUUGAUGAGUUUGGCCCUCUUCUGUCUGUUGCCAUCCUCAGUGGCUUCCUCGUCAGUUUUGUCGCCUACUUCUCUGCCCUCUGGCGCGGCAAGCAGCACCGCAUGACAGGCUACCCUGUCUAUGACUUCUUCAUGGGUGCUGAGUUGAACCCCCGUAUGUUUGGCAUUCUCGACUUCAAGAUGUUCUUCGAGGUUCGCAUGCCUUGGUACAUCCUUCUCAUCCUGAGUCUUGGCACCGCCGCUCGUCAGCAUGAGCAGUACGGCUACGUCUCUGGUGAGGUUUGGUUCCUUGUCAUGGCUCACUUUCUCUACGCCAACGCCUGUGCCAAGGGAGAGGAGCUCAUCAUCACCACCUGGGACAUGUACUACGAGAAGUGGGGUUUCAUGCUCAUCUUCUGGAACCUUGCUGGUGUCCCUCUAUCUUACUGCCACUGCACCAUCUACUUGGCCAACCACCACCCCGAUACGUACCGCUGGAACCGUGGUAUUCUCGCUGCCAUCUUUGCCGCUUACCUCUUCUGGUACUGGGUCUGGGACAGCUGCAACAGCCAGAAGAACCGCUUCCGUGCCAUGGAGAAGGGUAAGCUGGUCCUGCGCAACACCUUCCCUCAGGUCCCCUGGCAGACAGUCCACAACCCCAAGACCAUCUCCUCUCCUCAGGGAACUAUCCUUGUUGACGGCUGGUAUGGCCUUGCCCGCAAGAUUCACUACACUGCCGAUGCAUGGUUUGCUAUUUCCUGGGGUCUGAUCACCGGUUUUGAGAGCCCCUUCCCCUGGUUCUACCCGGUCUUUUUCUGCUGCAUGAUCGCUCACCGUGCUGCUCGAGACAUCUCCCGCUGCCGUCGCAAGUACGGUGACGCUUGGCUCGAGUAUGAGCGACGUGUUCCUUACCUCUUCAUUCCCUAUGUCAUUUAA